AGUGAUGCUUGUAUGUGCAGACGCAGCCAAUCUCUUCCUCAUGACGCUAACCGAGGCUGGGCUCAGCGGGCUUCCAUCAUAAUAUUUAACACAAACACACACACCCCUGGAUGAACACUUGGACGGGAGACAAGGCAGCGUGAGGGUGUGGGAACAAAUGACGACCCGGGAUCCCUGCACCUGCCGGGCCAGUCUCUCGUUUGACUUCAACGAGGCUCGAAGCGGGACGAGCAGCAUCCGAGCAUCUCUGCGGAUCACCUGUUCUUUCUGUGGAAUUUUGUACUUUCUUUUUUCAUCCUAAACACUAAGAGGGAUGUGUUGCUUGUGGACUGCUAUCCCUCCUCUCACUUUACCCCCUUGAAUAAUGCACAUUUGACAUCUCAUUCUGCGCGUUUUUGAGCAGAUUUGAGGAAGAAUUUCAGCGCUUUUUUUUUUUUUUUUUUGCCGGAUCUCCCCUCCUCCUCCCUGUUAACGAUUUAUUCAGUGCUCCGUCCUCCUGACACUGUAUCCUAUUCAACAAGGCAAUGAAUGAAUGACGAGCACUGCUUGAUCCGCUGCCAGUGAAGUGUCCACAAUGUGUCAGUUCGUCCACCUGCCUGGGAGUGAAGGACGUGGACUAUUCUAGCGAACAAAUAGAGACUGAGAACAUGAUGGAGUUUUUAACAUAGAUUGACACGAAUAAUGUGCGCUAUGAUCACAGUUAAUCUUCAAACAAACAUCACUGCUUUGUCAUCGUAUAACACUGCUGGACAUCAAUGUCGGGGGCGUAAGGUGCGCUGCGCUUAAAGCUAACUGUAUCAAGAAAAACCCCGAGAUGAUAAAGAUGAUACUGUUCCGUAAAUUCCGAGUGUUGAUACUCAUGGUGUUUCUGGUGGCGUGCACCAUGCACAUCAUGAUAGACUUGCUGCCGAAGCUGGAGAAGCGUGCGGCGGGAGCGGAGAGCGGGGACGGCGGCUGUCAGUGCGCUCACCACCCGGGCGGGGAGGCGCAGGGCUGGGGGAAGCAGCGCGCCAGGUCGGCGGCUGAAGCGGGCUGGCCUAACAAGCACACGCUGAGGAUCCUGCAGGAUUUCAGCAACGAGCCCAGCUCCAACCUCACGUCACACUCCCUGGAGAAGAACACGGCAGCCGGGGACAGAGCGGAGUCCCUCCGGCGCGCCGGACCGUCGGCGGGGAAGGCGGGGGAGCACAAGCCGCUCAUCGGAGACGCGAGCGGGGGUCGGACCGUCCUAGCCCACGGUGUCUCCAGACUCUCUGCUCUGUUUGAGCAGCCUUUAUACAAGGUCGACCUUCCCUCUCUAACGGACGAUGACACUUUGUUUAACGUCAACACUGACAUCAGGUUCUAUCCCAGAGCGACAGGGAACCAAGGAUGGCACAAUGAAGAGGGGAACGAAGAGGAGGACGAGUUUUCUCCAACGGGAGAGGUGACGGCGGAAUCUUACCCCAACUGGUUGCGCUUCCACAUCGGCAUCAACCGCUACGAGCUGUACUCCAGACACAGUCCUGUGCUGGACGCCUUACUGAAGGACCUGGUCACACAGAGGAUCACCAGCGUGGCCAUGAAAUCAGGAGGCACCCAGCUGAAGUUGAUCAUGACUUUCCAGAACUAUGGACAAGCGCUGUUCAAGCCCAUGAAGCAGACCCGAGAGCAGGAAACCCCUCCAGACUUCUUCUACUUCUCCGACUUCGAGAGGCACAAUGCUGAGAUUGCUGCGUUUCACUUGGACAGGAUCCUGGACUUCCGGAGGGUUCCCCCGGUGGCAGGACGGCUUGUCAACAUGACGAGGGAGAUCAGAGACGUGACACGUGAUAAAAAGCUGUGGAGGACCUUCUUCAUCUCACCAGCCAAUAACGUCUGCUUCUACGGCGAGUGCUCAUACUACUGCUCCACCGAGCACGCUCUGUGUGGCAAACCGGACCAGAUCGAAGGCUCACUCGCGGCCUUCCUGCCAGAUUUAAACCUGGCCAAACGUAAGACCUGGAGGAACCCCUGGAGACGCUCCUACCACAAACGCAAGAAAGCAGAAUGGGAGGUUGACCAGGAUUACUGUGACGAGGUGAAGCAGACGCCUCCGUACGACCGAGGCACUCGACUGCUGGACGUCAUGGAUAUGACCAUCUUUGACUUCCUAAUGGGUAACAUGGAUCGACAUCAUUAUGAGACAUUCGAGAAGUUUGGAAAUGACACGUUCAUAAUUCACCUGGACAACGGAAGAGGGUUUGGAAAACACUCCCAUGACGAGCUGUCCAUCCUGGUGCCUCUUAGCCAGUGCUGCAGAUUGAGGAAGUCCACCUACCUGCGCCUCCAGCUGUUGGCCAAAGAGGAGUACAAGCUGAGCUCGCUGAUGGAGGAGUCUCUGCUCCGAGACAAACUGACCCCCAUCCUCAUCCAGCCUCACCUCCAGGCCAUGGACCGCAGGCUCCGGCUGGUGCUGCAGGUCCUGGCGGGCUGCAUAGAGAAAGAAGGUCACGUUAACGUGGUGGAGGAAGAUCUAGUCGACACAGCCACCCACAGGAGCCCGGGCCACAGGUAGUGAGGGCGCAAACCAGAGGAACACAUGAAGAAGAAAAAAAAACAUGGACGUCUGUGGCUGUUGGUCCAAUGGGGGAAAAGCCCCUCUUCUGAUAUCAAGCUGAAUUCAGUGAAUUCCAAGACUUGCCAUUAUUGCCUCUAAGGAACCUGCUUUUAUUUUUUGUUGGUAUAGAAGAAACUGUCCACAGAUAUGAAGAGAGACUUCUUAGAAACAGAUGUUGUUUGAGACAUUAAAGAGCCACUGCUGUGUUCAGUUUGUCUCUGUCAGAGGGUUUUGUUUUAUGUGUUUUAUUAUAUUAGUACAUAACCAAAUGAGAACCUACACUGACUGGGCACCACAUGGUCAGACAAUAAGCUUUAUUAGCAGUUUUCCAAAAUGUAUAAAAAGGUUCACAAAUUGUGUUGGAAGAUGUUUUCUUUUCUUUUUUGUACGACCUGUCUCGGUUCUUCGGUUUUCAACUUCUACAAUCAGCAGAAAAAAUGUACAACCAGGAGAUAUUUCAAACAGUGUGUUCUGUUGAUCUUUAUAAGCUUUUUUGUUUCAGCUCAGACAUGGAGAAGUCUGAGUGAACAUGUUACCACAUAUCUGAACUGCAUAAAUCUGUUAAUCAAUGUUGUACUCCAAACAGCACCUUCACUUUGCCUUAUUCUUUUUUUUUCCUCCUCCGUCCCUCCUGCAAGUCUAGCUGGCUCUACGUGCAGUAUAACAACAACAACAACAACAACAACAACAACAACAACAACAACAACAACAAAAAAUCUAAAA